GUGAGUCCAUGUGCUGAGCACCGCGAGACUAUCAGAUAAACAAACAUCAUCAUGACAUCGUUGGCUCACCAGCUGAAGCGGCUCGCGCUGCCUCAGAGCGACGCCGACCUGCUGAGCCGCAGAGAAGUCGCCUCGCUGCUGUUUGACCCCAAAGAUGCUGCGACGAUGGACCGCAGCACCUUCUACGCCCUCGGCUGCACAGGGCUGGAGGAGCUGCUGGGAAUCGAACCAGCGUUCUCAGAGUUUGAGGACACUCUGUUCAGUCGUGCCUCGCUGACUCUGGAGCGCAGCGUCCAGUCGAAGGAAGUCAACGAGAAGCUGGACGCCGGCGUGUCUCUGUUCCUGACCCGCCUCUGCCCGUACUUCCUCCUCAAGCCGGCUCACAAGUGCAUCGAGUGGCUCGUUCACCGGUUCCACAUCCAGCUGUAUAACCCCGACAGCCUGCUGGCGUGCGCGCUGCCGUAUCACGACACCAACGUGUUCGUCAGAGUUCUGCAGCUCCUCAAGAUCAAAGACACCACGAACCGCUGGAACUGGCUGCACUGCCUGCAGAAACCCGGCGUGCCGCUGGCCAGAGGGACUCUGAUCACUCACUGCUACACAGACCUGAGCUUCAUGGACUUCAUCUGCACCAUGGUCACCAAGUCCAUCCAGGCGUAUUCGGGACAGUCGGGCACCUCCUCUCAGCUCAGAGUGAUCUUCUCCUUCUACGCCUCCACCAUCGUCCCCGCUCUGGACGCCGUGGACAAAGUGUCGGACGCCAUCAUCGCCAAACUGCUGCCGUACGUCCAGAAGGGUCUGAAGUCGUCGCUGGUGGACUACCGCGCGGCGUCCUACAUGCUGGUGUGCCAGCUGGCCGUGAAGGUGGUGAUGCAGGACGCACUGGUGGAGACGCUGGCCGUCCUCAUCAGCAAGUCUCUGCUCAGAGAGCCGACGCUUCCGAAAGAAGGAAUCGGCUGCCUCAUCGUCCUGCUGCAGAGCCAGAAGGAGGGAGCCGCCGGGACACGGUUCUGCACUCCUCUCUGCUCGGUGCCUCCUCUCGUCUCCGUGCUGCAGGUGAUGUCAGUGACUCAUGACGUCACUCCUCUGCUGUCGUACCUGCUUCCUCACCUGCUCCGCGCCGCGUUCAGCUCGGCUCAGAGCGAAGCGGACGAGCUCGCCGUGCUGGAGGCGACGCUGCAGAACGUUCCUCUGACCAGAGGACUGGACCAGACCGUAGCUCGUUUGCUGCUGCAGGAAUAUCUGAGUCAGACUGAACUUUCUGCUGAAAACCUGUCAGACCUCAACCAACGUCUGCUGCCUCUGGUCCGACUGCUCGAGUCCAAGUGA